UUUAUUUUGAAAUCUACGGGUCUGGGACUGCUGCGAGCUAGACAUCACUUGAUGCUCACCAUUUUAAUGUAAUUAAUUGAUAAUGAAGCCGAAAAGUGACGAAAAACCGCUUAUCGUAUUGGAAGAAAGUAGUGAUACUGCAUCAAAUCCCACAAAUAAUGUGAAUAUUCCUAAUACAGGAGCUUUAGCUUCUGCUGUAGAUGAUGAUGAUGACGAGCAAUUACUCUCUGUUAGCAUUGAUAAGAAUUUGGAUAACAAUUUCUAUAAAACUAAUCCAACAAAGGAAAAGCUAAACAACUUAUCAAUAGAAGAGACUCAUCAGAACAGCGCUGCGAGCGGUGGUUCAAGCAGGAAUUCUGAAAAUGCAGAGCCAAGUGUAAGUACAGAUAAUUUACCUGGAACAUCACAAGCACCUGCCCAAACAGUAGCAUCCACUUUAUCCGCUUCAUUGCCGCAGCAGCAGCAGAAUCCUACAUUUCGCAUACGUUCUCGUACGGCGGCAAUUAAUGAACAUUUAGCCAGCCAAAGUGAAAACUUCGAGAGCUUAGAUUAUGAUGUCUGCGAAAAUGUCCUGUUUCAAAAGGAACAAGAACGCAUUAGUAGCACUAGAUUUUCGCUUCGCAAAGAUAUCCUGCGUUGGAUCAUUUUCAUACAAAUUGGAAUUAUAACAGCAUUGAUUGCCUGUGCCAUCGAUAUUGUAAUAGAAGAGUUGUCGUCAUUGAAAUAUGAAUUCCUAAAACACUCUGUUGACAUCAAUGUUCCUCAUCAGGACAAUCCCGUUGGUGACUUAGCCAUACCGUAUUUAUAUUGGUUGGGUUUGAGUAUGCUUCCCGUGGCGCUGGGUGCCGCAAUGGUCACUUAUAUUGAACCCAUCACUGCUGGCAGUGGCAUACCCCAGGUGAAAAGUUAUUUGAAUGGCGUCAAAGUGCCACGAAUAGUGCGCAUCAAGACGUUGGCGGUAAAAAGUAUUGGCGUCAUUACUUCGGUUGUUGGUGGACUUGCAGGCGGAAAAGAAGGUCCAAUGAUACAUGCUGGCGCUGUAGUUGCCGCUGGCAUUUCACAGGGAAAGAGCACAACAUUCGUUAAGGAUUUCCGUAUUUUCAAGGCAUUUCGCGAUGAUCACGAAAAACGCGACUUUGUUUUGGGAGGUGCAGCAGCGGGUGUUGCCGCUGCCUUUGGCUCACCCAUCGGUGGUAUGCUGUUCUCAUUAGAGGAAGCGGCCAGCUUUUGGAAUCAAAAUCUCAUAUGGCGAACAUUGGUGGCAUCCAUCAUCAGUUCGUUUACCUUGAAUAUUGUUUUGUCAGCCUAUCAUGGGCUGGGUGAUUUCACAUUCACCGGCCUCUUCAAUUUGGGCAAAUUUGAACAGCCUCUAACAUUCGAAUAUUAUGAGCUGCCAAUUUUUAUGAUAUUUGGCAUAACCGGUGGCCUGCUGGGCGCUCUAUGGAAUAUGCUGAACACAAAAAUUAAUAAAUUUCGCUCCAGAUUUAUCAAGUUCAAAUUCGGUAAAGUUAUGGAAGCUGUGCUGGUUGCUUUAAUAGGUGUAUCGUUGGCUUGCACCAUGAUUUAUUUUAUAAACGAUUGUCGUCCCUUGGGCAAUGACCCCACCGAUUAUCCAACACAGCUGUUUUGCGAGGACAAUGAAUAUAAUGCCGUGGCUGCCUUGUGGUUCCAAACACCUGAGGCCACGGUGCGAUCAUUGUUUCAUGAUCCUCCAGGAUCCCACAAAAUCUUAAGCUUGACGUUGUUUACACUGAUUUAUUUCCUGUUGUCCUGCUUUACAUUUGGCCUGAAUGUAAGUCUGGGCGUGUUUAUACCCACUGCCUUGGUGGGUGCGGCCUGGGGACGUUUGGUGGCCAUGGUGGCGUAUUAUGUAUUUCCAACGGCAGCCUUCCUAAAUCCUGGCAAGUAUGCCUUAAUUGGAGCAGCAGCUAAUCUUGGUGGCGUUCUACGCAUGACAAUUAGUUUGACAGUUAUUUUAAUGGAAACGACCGGCAUUGAAACCUCAUUCUUCUUUCCGCUCAUCAUAACUUUGAUCAGUGCCAAAUGGGUGGGUGAUUAUUUCAAUGAGGGCAUCUAUGAUAUCCAGGUAAAGGUUAAUCAUGUACCAAUGCUACCCUGGGAACCAUUACCCCAUUACAUGGGUUUGAAAGCCUCGAAUAUUAUGAGUUCACCGGUGGUGUGCAUCAAACUAAGGGAUAAAUCCAAAUAUAUCUAUGACAUUUUGAAUAGAUACAAACACAAUGGUUUCCCAGUUGUCGAUGAUGUGGAAGGUAAUGAUCGCUCCAAGGGACGUGUCUGUGGCAUUAUAUUACGUUCCCAAUUGAUUGUUAUUCUACUGAAAUCUCUUUAUGAAGAGAAAAAACGUUUUUGGAUCAAUGAGACCUCGAUACAAACGUUUCGGGAUGUUUAUCCACGUUAUCCAUCCAUCGAUAAUGUCCGAAUGCAUGAUGAUAAGGUGAAUUAUACAGUGAACUUGGAUAUAUUUAUGAAUCCAUCGCCUGUUUGCUCCAGAGAGCACGAUUCUGUACAGAAAAUUUUCAAUAAAUUUCGUGCCCUCGGCUUGCGUCAUUUAAUUGUCGUCGAUAAGGAAAAUCGUGUUAGCGGUAUUAUAACUCGUAAAGACUUUUUAUAUAAGUGAUUAUUUUUAUUUUUAAAUUUGUUUUUAUAUUCAAAAUUUAAUACAAAAGUACAUACAUUUAUCUCAUUUAACUUUACAUGAAAUAUUUUACAAUAUCAACCAUUUAUGUAUAUAGAUUUUUCAAUAUAAUUUUAUUUGUUAUAAAUAAACAUUUUUAAAAACUUCAUUUUUAUAUAAAUACACAUACUUUGUUGCAUUCGUUGAAGAACUCAUAUCUUAGUGGGAUAUGGGUUUUGGAUUAAACCGACGUUUGUUUGAAUGGAAACAUCUUAAGAGCUUGAGCAGAUGGCGCCCAGAUGGAAUAUCUUUAAGGAAUAACCAGUCUUAUGCCAUUAUUCAGCAGCUACAGGAUGAAAGUAUGGUCUGGCGGUUCCACGUUUCCAAGAUGGGCGAAGUCACCGAUGCUGGCGUAUUCUGCCCUAACCCAUUGAGAAAACACUCAUAUAAGCUUAAUGACCACUGCAGCGUUUUUCAUUCGGAGAUCCUUGAAAUUGAAAAGGCAGUCAAGAUGGUAAAAGAACUAUGCAAUAGCAUAAGAGGACUAGUGACAAUAUAUGUUUAUAGUCAGAAGGCCCUUAAUGCUAGCAUGUAAAGGGCCUUUAGAUCAAGUGUCACUCUUGACUCUAAAAAACCCUUCUUGAAACACGUGGACUGCUGUCAUUUCUAAGCCUCUCGUCCGACAGGUGUUAAAAUUAUUCCAGUGAUA